UGUGUUAUAAAAUGCUGUUCACUCAGAAGCGCGUCAGAUGAAAUGAAAGAUGUCUUGCUCUUACAGCCUGGAAGUCCUUGGUAGUGUGAGACAUAUUGGGGUUAACAUGUUCAGUGUUUUGUGUGUGGUAAUUUGUUUGGUGCGAGUGAAGUAUAAUUUAAUCUCUGACCCAGGGAAAAGUGUGGUGUGGCCGGUGGAGGAGAGAAUAUAGGCUCGCGCUGUGUCCGAUUUUCUUUUUCUUGUCUGGCUUGGUCGGCUCGUUUUGGUUUUAUCAAUAAAGUUUGAUCAUCGGCCAGUGAAAGCUCUGUUUUCCUUCACGUCAAUGCCGAAAACCCUAUACCGAAUGCAGGAUUUUCCGGUAGUGUUGGGUGUAGCUUAGAAUUUGGGGAACGUCCUACAGGAAGAAACCACAUGGAUUCGGAGCUGUGGAGCAGAGUACUUGUCUGAAAGAGCUCAUGGCAAAGGUUCACUGCAGGAUCCAGUUAAGAACACAAGAAAGGUUCCAAGCAAGAGGAGCCAUUUGACCCAUCUAGCCCGUCGGGUAAGUGAAUCGGGAGAACGGUCUCAACGUUGUGCUAACCUAGCGGAGUGCACCAUCAGCUCAGGUGACGGCAUGGCAGGGUAGAGUUCAGGAUGUCAUCGCGAGCCAAUCACAAGACAGCAGCCCCGGCAUUGCUAGGACAUUCCCCAGGAUUUGUGCACUCUUCGGCAGGCAUGGAGGCCACGCAGGCGCCUUCCCUGCUCCAGAAUCCCCAGCUGAAGCAGCGUGUUUUCACGGGGGUGGUCACCCAGCUACAGGACUACUAUGGCAUGGUGGAUGAGGAGGUGCAGUUCCAGAUGAGUGUGGUGAAGGGCCGGCUGCCCCAGGUGGGCGAGAAGGUGCUGGUGACUGCAGUGCUGGACCCGGCUGUGUCCCAGUCCUGGACUGCACAGAAGGUGCAGGCACUCAACAGCCAGCUCUUCUUCAAAUCUCCGCCCCCCCUGUUGCCCUCCAUGUCGAGCGGACAGAAGCAAGGGAUCCUGGGAAACAAGCCCCGACCACUCCUGCAAGAUCCCAUGAUCCCCCCGCUGCUGCCCAGCAUGCAACAGGCCACGCCGAAACCUGGCUUACUGCAGACGCCCUCCCACAUGCCUUCCUGGGGGGGGCACUUUGAGCCGUGGACGGGGGGUAGGAAGAGGCACAGCGAGGGGUCGGGCCGGAGGGGGUCGCGCUGGGAGGAUGGAGGCUGGGGGGGCGACAGCCAACAUCAGAAGAGGCGGAGGUGGCGGGGGACACAGGAGGAAGGGCCCCAGAAGAAAACCAACGUCCGGACACCUCGAUACUGGCCCCUCUUCUCCCGGUUCAGCAGGGACAGCUCAGCGUGUGAUACAAUGGAGGUUCUGCGCCGUUACCCCCAGCUCAGCAUCCCGGACGCCUUCUUCCACCUGCGGCUUAGCUGGGUCGACACCUUCCCCCCUUCCCGACCUUUGACCCUGGGGUACCCCUGUCCCUUCUACCAGGGCAGCCCGCAGCCUGAGGCCGAACUCACUCACCCCACCAGUACCAACACCACCUACAGCACCAAGGUGUUGCUGCUGUCCAUGCCCAGCCUGGAGGAGAUCUACCGGCAGUGCUGCUCUCUGUCGCAGGACAACAAGGAGCCAGCAGAGGGUGCUGUCCACCCCACGGCCCUCAUCAAGUUCGUGGUGGGGAUCCGGGGCGGCGAGGAGAGGUGGAUCGGGGGACCCUGGUCCCCCUCAGAAGAUGGGGCGAACCCGGCUAAGGAGCCCCAGGUUCUGGUGCGGACCGCAGUGCGCUGGGCCCGGGAGCAGGCAGGACUGGACCUGAGUGGGUGCUCUCAGUGGUUCAAGCUGGCGGAGCUGCGCUAUCUGAGGGGGGGCCACGUGGAGACCACGGUUUUCUUCCUGCCCGAUGUCUGGCACAGCCUUCCCGGGCGAGCCGAGUGGGAGGCUUUGCGAGCGGUGCCGGAUGCCGGGGCAAACAGUGAUGCCACUGAGGGACAUGAGCAGCAGUGUGAGACUGAGCCAGCUGUGACCCCUCUCCCCGAGGAGCCAGGCUUGGUGCUGCGGCCUUGUGAGGGCUUGAGUCUCACACCCCUCCCGCUCGCCGCCCUGCUGGAGCCCCGCAACAGCACCUCCGAAGAAGCUUUCGAGGUGGGGCUGAUGGCAGAGCUCUUCAACGAGAUACUGCAGCGGGAUUUCGGGCUGCAGAUUUACCGCGCGCUGAGCGCCAUGCCCCCAGGCGCUGGAGAGGGGCGGGAGAGAGAGGACGUUGCCAUGAAGGAGGAGAAGCCGGGCAAAGCAGAGAGCGGGUCUGGGAAGAAGGCAGGGGGAGAGAGGAGGACCCGGCGGAGGAGAGGCGGGAAGGAGCGAGAGAGCACAGAGGACGAGGAGGAGAAGACGGACGAGGAAGAUGACGAGAAGCCAGAAGAGGGGGAGGAGAAGACCGCAGAGAGCGUGAUGACGGUAGAGGAGGCAGAAACCAAGUCAGCUGUGUCCAACCAUUCUGAAGAGCCUGCCUCCAAAGAUGCGGAGAGGCCUCCGGGCUGGCAGGCCAUGCAGCCCCCCUUUCUGCUCCUCUCCUUCCUGUAUUUCGACCAGCAGCUGAGUGGUCAGCUGGCGGAGCGCGACCUGGAAGAGAUCCUGCACUCCCUGGGCCUGCACUUCACCCGUGCACAGGCGAGGGAGCUGGUGAGCAGAGCUGUGUUGGGGGGGGUGUGUCGGUACAGGACGCUGGCAGCACGCUGGGAGGACACUGACCCCUCUGACCCAGAGCCCCCUGGAGAUGAUUCCAACUUGCAAGGGAAUCGGGCCUUGUUGCCAGGUAGCGGUGGGAAGGCUGCCAGCGGAUCGUCGCGGCGAUCGGGGACUGGGAGCUCGGAUGUCGUCACCCACAGGGGCACGGUGCUCAACAUUGCUAACCUGCUGGCCAGCCUGGAGAAAGCAGAACGCACCCGGGUGUGGCUGGAAGACCGUGUCGCUAGACUAGCGGAGGUGGAAGCCCGGGAGGCGAAACGGGAGGCGGAGCAGGCGGCGCUGUCCUCGGAACUCUCCGCGGCCCAGACCGCCGCCGGCGAUCUGCGCGGGCGGCUGGAGCGCGCCGAGAAGCGCAACGCCGCCUACGAGAGGAGCCUGAAGGAGAACGCCGGUCACAUGAUCGCCGUCAUCGAGAAGAUGCAGAAGCUGGUGGACAAGACCACCAACCUGGCGGAGUCCCGGACGGAGAGUGGAGAGAAGGAAUGAGGGAGACGCCCAGGAGAGCAGACACGUCCGUCUGUGUGUCCGGGGGGGGGCCUUGUCCCAGAGGCCCGGGCAGGUCCGCAGGGACGUGGAGUUGGAGGGGGGAGGAAGAGGACGCGUGCGUCGAUUGCACGUGGACAGACCGACGAAGACGGACAGAGACUUGGACGCUGAGAACUGCACGAUGGCAAGGACGAGCGGACACAGAGGGCAGCGUAGCAGAAUUCAGACGCAGACGGACAUGCGAUCGCAGAUGGAGGCAGACACUUUGGGUACAGGGACGCUGACGGAGACUGGGAGACAUGCGCGGACACGUGCAGAUGUAUACAGACACGCGGACAGUGCAACUCCAGGCAUAGAUGAAUAGACUGUUUCUGAGGGAGGAGUGUUGGGAAUCCUGCUCUCCCCUCCUCCUCUCUCACUCUUUCUGGCUUUCCUUUUUUAUUCUUGACACCAGUGUUUUUAUUUCACCCUUCAAACUUUUUCUAAAUUAUAGAGCAGUUGGUCAUGAAUAUGUACUCCUCCUUUUUUGGGACUAAAAAAUGUGUUUUUGUUCCUCCAAGGUGUAGAACGUGUUGAAUACUCUUGGAACAGUGUUCUAGGUUUUAUUUAGAAGAAACAGUUCUGCUUUCCCUGAACAAGAGUCAUUAACCUUGCCCUAAGCCCUUGAAAAUGCGGCAGCCUCUUUGGUCAUGUUUGUUUCUGGACUUCUAGCAAAUAAACUUCUGAAAGGCUGGCCAUCAGUCCAUAAGUGGGACUUUUUAAUUAGUUUCUUACUGUGGGUCCCUUUCCGAAGGCAGACAUGUGAAGGUAUAGUUCUAAUCAUGCAGUGAUUUGUAGCUCUGCUGAAGUUGCGUUCCUUUCUGAACAGUGGCCACUACAGCACCGGUAUAUACAGCAUGACAGACGAUCUAACGCAUUUUCAUCCGUCCAGACACACUCCAGUCCCCCUGUGUCACCGGUACUGUCGGUACCAGAGCCAAACGUUGGUAGAUUAGUAAUGAAUUGGAUCUGACUUCUGUGGAAGGGGGAAUCUGAAUUGAUCCCUUGCGCCGAUGCUUUUCAAAUAAAGACUGGAGAAAUUCUCUCAACUGUUUUAAAAUGAUCCGACUCUCUGUUCUUCACACCUGCAGUGUCUCCUGCUUGAUUUGAGCUUUUGAACAUUUGCAGUUCACUUAGGAUCAGGGUGACUAUAAAUCUCCCCAUCAGGCACAGAACAGUCUUAUUUUGUCAUGUUCUUUUUCCUAUAAAGCCCAUGCAUAAUACUGUCAACCUGCUGAAAGCUCCUGGUUUUAGUACUUUGUAUUUAUUUUUCCCUGAAUUUGCUCUUAACAUCUCUGAGUUAGAGUGAACACACUCCCAGUUCUUACUUGGGCUACUUUAAGAUGCAACAAGCUUAAUAGAGCUGCCCCUAAACUGAAGUUAAGGCCAGCGUCUAAAUUAAGGCCAGCGUUUUUCUCAGUUUUGGAAUUUAGGUUCUAUGUAUGCAGACAUGCGGACAGCAUGCAUCAGCAAAACAAUACAUUUCAUUUGAAUUCUAUCAUUUCUAAAAAAUGCCUAAUUACUUUUCCAUUAUGUAUUUGGUUGCUGAUAAUUAAAUGAGUUAUUUGUUUAUUG